AUGAACUUUCCCAAUCUCAUUCUCAUCCUAGUUUGUUUCCAUUUCCUCUUCAACCUUCAUCAAACACAAGCUGAAUCAGAAGCAUGUUUAGACACUGCUUGCCACACAAAUCAACCACCAAUCCGAUUCCCAUUCUACAUAGAAACAAUACAACCAAACAACACAUGUGGCUUCCCAGGUUUCAAACUACUAUGCAGCAAUAAAAAUGGAAAAAACCAAACACUCCUUAAUCUACCUUACAUGGAAGAAUUCAACAUCCAAAAAAUAAACUAUGCUACACAAGAACUUUUCGUCAAUGAUCCCAAUAACUGUCUCCCAAAACGACUUCUCUCACUUAACCUCUCUUCUUCUCCAUUCCACGCCGUUUACUAUCAACAGUUCACCUUUUUCAACUGUUCCUUCAAGUUUAAACAUCUCACGUCUCGUUACAAACCAAUACCUUGUCUAACUGAUUCUUCCAAGUACAACGUUUUCGCAACACCGUCGCUUACGGUGUUUUUGCACUUGUCGUCUGUUUGUGACAUAGUUGACACCGUGAAUGUGCCGGUUCAAUCGCCGUUUUAUGAUCGAGUGUUGUCGUCUCAACUCGACGAUGAUCUGAGGUUGUCGUGGAAUUCGCCGUCAUGUCGUAGGUGUGAGUCUCAUGCUGGAAGAUGUGGGUUACAAGUUAAUUCCAGUUUUGAAAUUUCUUGUUACAAUGUUCCUCCAACACAAGGUAUUUCCCGUGGUGCAAGUUACGCCAUAGCCAUAUCUAUAGGAGUACCAACACUAUUAUGUUUCAUUUUGAUAUUGAGCUGGAUAUGCAGCAAUCUCAGAUAUGGAAUCCAUGGUUGGACUUGGGCUCGUGAUACGGUGGCAGAUUUCGAGUCUCUUCUUAAUUCUCAACAAUACAACAACAUCUUAGGUCUUGAUAAACCUACAAUUGAAUCUUACCAAAAAAUAGUUAUAGGUGAUGAUGGCAUUCACUUACCAAGACCUAAUGAUAAGACAUGCUCAAUAUGCUUGUCGGAGUAUAUGCCUAAAGAGACCGUUAAAACUAUGCCUAAGUGUGAACAUUGCUUUCAUGCGCAAUGCAUCGAUGAAUGGCUUCCACUGAAUUCGUCGUGUCCAAUCUGUCGAACUUCUCCAACAUGCUUACUACCAUCAGAAAAUCUAGCUCAAUCAUGA